UCCAAAGGUUGAGGAAGUGAACACCAGCCAGUCGGUGGGUUGUCUAUAAAGAGACCGUCUCUGUGUGUGUCGCUAGAUAGGAAGGCGACUCACGGGACCGAACAGAAGCUUGACCUCUGCUAACAAGGGAGAGUUAGAAAAUGGGGAAGCAUGUGAUCUCUUCCGUUGUGUGGCUGCUUCUUCUAUGGCUCAGCGUCUCUUGUUCUGCGAUCCAAGAGGGAGAUUUGAGGCUGGUGGGUGGCCAGCUGCUGUCCGAGGGCAGGGUGGAGAUAUACCACGACGGGCAAUGGGGGACCGUGUGCGACGACAGCUGGGACGUGGCUGAGGCACAGGUGGUGUGCCGGCAGCUCCGCUACCCUGGAGCCCUCUCCGCCACCCAAGGAGGAAAGUACGGUCAAGGGUCUGGCCCUAUCUGGCUGGAUGACUUGGGCUGUCUGGGCACAGAGAGUCGGCUGUCUGGCUGCAGGUUCAAAGGCUGGGGAGUCACCGACUGCUCCCACGGUGAAGAUGCGGGUGUGGUGUGUGAGAGAAACUUGCUACAGGAAAACAAGCAGGUGUACACCCUGGAUGACAUCUCCAGCCUGAGAGAAGACCUGGAGAGGCUCUUCAACAAUGGGCAGGACUGUGACCUCAACGUCACUGUGCAGAGCCCUGACCGAGGAGAGAGCUUCUGUCUCCACAGACUGGUGCUUUCUAUGAGCCACGAAUCCUCCACCAUCAUGUUCCUCCAGGACCUGGACACUAUCAACAUUAAUGUCACACAGGCCUGCCAACCCUAUGUCUCUAAGUUCUUGAGAUACCUGUAUACACGCAAGAUCGACAUCACCAUUUCGUCCGUCAAGUGCAUCCACCAGCUGGCCACCGACUUCAGGGUGAAGUCGCUUCAAGAGGGAGCUGGGAGGCUCUUUUCGUGGCUGCUGCCCGGAGACCCCACCUUCAAGUCCCAGGUCGUCUUGUACGAAUACGCGGUGCAGGCCGCGGACAGGGUCCUGCAGGAGACCUGCAUGCAGUUCCUGGCUUGGAACUGUGAGGCGCUGAUCGACUCGCCCGCAUGGAGCGAUCUGUCUCAGAACGCAAUGUCCGUCUUGAUGUCCCGCUCUGACGUGGUGGUGCCGGACGAGGCCUUCCUUCUGAAGGGCCUUGAGAGCUGGAUCUUGGCCCAGCAUGGUGAUGACAACGUAGAGUGGCUUGAGUCCUUGCUAGGCCUUGUCCGCUUUCCCAUGAUCCCUGCUGAAAAGCUGUAUGACCUUCAGUUCAUCUCAGACCUCUACCCUCGCCAUAAGGAGCUGUACCGUGAAGGGAUGCUGCGAGGCUUCCAGUUCAACACUGUGCCCUUCCACAAGCUGAAGGAUUACAGUAAUAUCAGUAAAGCUGAAUAUACUCCCAGGAUCUACACGGGCAGCCCAUGGAGCCUUGUAGUCAACGUCAGCAAUGUUCCAAGCAGCUACCAAUACAACUACCAAUACGGCUACCGUGGCUACAACAGCAGAGCCAGAUCCUUUGAGACCCCACUUCACAACAGCCUGUUGUUCCACUCUGAAAAGAUCGGCUGGUCCACCGACAUUUUCCUAAACAAUCAAGAAUGCCAGAACCGCGGCCUUCGGUGUGAGUAUGUGCCCGCAGCAUGGAUGGGUCCAGAUAGAUUCCUCCAGUACCAGAAUAUCACUCGCUUUAGCAACAAACUACUGUUGAAUUGUGAAGGCAGUUACAUCUUCCAGAUCCAGGAUUUCAAGAAUAACCUGGCUCUGGUACCGUCCAACAGCACCAUGGGCCAAAGCUACCCAUGUGACUCAGGGGACUACAAGUACCAUUUUGUAGUCCAGCCACAGUAUGAACUAUGAAUCACGGCUCCAUUUUAAGGUCUCUCAAUUAGACACUUUACUAUUGCCUUUUUCUAACUGGUAACUUAAAUCAAGUGUGAAAGCCAAUCAGUAUUACUUUGCUGGUUAACAACAUUACGAUUAAUUAUUAUUAACCAAUUGUGAUUCUUCUCUUGUAUCAUUGUGUCAAGAUUAUUAUGGCAUUCUGUUUAAAAAAAUGUCCUUGAUUAAUGUCCAGCCACAUUGAUAAACCGCCUGAAUUCACA